AUGCCCAUCGAUCCCGCCACCUUGGAGCAAUGGAUCCGCCUUCAGCUCGCCGCUGCCGGCAACAGCGACGGCAACCAAUCCGACCAUUCCCGGUCAGCAGCCUUUGGUGGUCUCAACUUCAACAUGCUCAGUGCCGCCAAUCGGGCUCACUUCAACCAGGCCUUCGCCGGAGCCUCAGACCCCAACGCCCUGACCUCGACCUCGGUUACCGCUGCCGCUUCGGUAGCAGCCACUUUUGGCACGUCUGCUUCUUCUGAUUUACCCUGGACCAACCUCCCUCAGCAGACGCAACAGCAACUUCUGCUGCAACUCCACCACCAUCAACAGCAGCAACCGCAACACCAGAAGCGCCAUCACCAACAUCCGCAGCAAACAACACCCACAACUGAGUUUCAAUCCCACCAUGCCCUCAUGACUGGAAUGCUACCCAGUCACGCCAGCUGGCCACAUGCCGUGCCUCAAGGCCCGAAUACGACGCGGUGCACCAGCGUUACCGACUCUGCUGCUUCAGACACCACCGAGCGCAUGGCAUCCCCCGCCUCGACCACCGCCAACAGCAGUGCGGCCAGCCUAUCCAUGUUCAACGAUGGCAACUUGGGCAUCCAUGCUCCGCCUUCUAAUGGCAUGCACUUGGCUCAACAUCACCCGUACCAACAGGCCCUCUCGAUGGCACAUGAGGGCAUGAUGGUGGACCACGAUAACCUGCAACAGCUCGGCGAUGGCACUUUUGCCCUCGACCACGUGAGUCGUGCUGCCAACACCAACCGCUCCUCGGGUAGUCUGGUCGCGCCUGGGGAACCCUUUGCCCUCGAUGAGGCCCUGUUCUUCGAUUCGACGGCCAAUCACGCCAACACACCCGCGACAUUUGCCAAUGCGGCUACCUCCCUCAGCCUCGGUUCGACCCAGAUUGCCACUUCGAUGCUGUCAGAUGCCUUUGGCGGGCCCAAGCAGGAAGACACGUCUUUUGAUCAGUUAUCAGACACAGCGACAACGAUGGCCAGCAGCAGCACAGCUGGCCGACCCAACAAAGCUCUGGAGCGAGCGGGCAGCGGCGUCGUUCGACCACGGCGCAUUCGCGGGCCACCCAGUGCCAAGCGGCGCAAGCGCCACCAGGAGACUGAGGCACGCCGCCGAGUACGCAUCAAUGAAGCCGUGUGCACACUUCGCGCCCUGACUGGCCUUGAGGACAAGGAAGAAAAAGCCCGCGUUUUGGAGGCAACGGUGGACUUGAUCGAGUCCUUGCAUGCUCGUCUGAGUGGUAACCACGAGAGCUUUUUGGCCAACAGCCUUCGGGAGGCUCGUCUCUUCCCCAUGGCAGGCCAUCUUUCAAACUUUCUCGAAGAAAUCUAUCGCUACUGCGAGCGGCCCAUACAACCCGAGGCUUUGGUGGCCCGUGUGGGCACCAGUCCCUCAAGUCUUGACAGCCCAAUGUUGCCCGCUUCAACCGCCUACGUCGAAGGGCUUCUUGGCCGCAACAUUGUCGAGACAAAUGUGCCUGAAGACAGCACAGCCUGUGGCCAUCGCAUUGUUUCCUUCGCGCAUGGACACGGCGAAGUCAUUGUCCUUGCCAAGCGCAUUCAAACGUACGUCGGAACAAAGGUGUGGUGUCGCAUCACCGUAACCCGAGUGGCCCGAGCCAUCAAGCGCAACCUGCAGGAUGAGCCGACCUGGCAUCCCUCCACACGAGCUGCCUUCAUGGUUAUGCUUGAACCCAUGGAGCACCCUCCGCGCCGUGCCUUUGUGAUUGCAGACAUGUAA